AUGUCACUGUCAAGCAGAAAUAAAAGUGGGGCCACGUUUACUCUCCUGGGCUUCUCCGAUUAUCCAGAGCUGCAAAUGCCACUCUGCUUGAUUUUUUUGGCCAUUUACAGUGUCACUGUUUUGGGGAAUAUUGGGAUGAUAGUGAUCAUCAAAAUUAACCCCAAGCUACACACCCCCAUGUACUUUUUUCUCAGCCACCUUUCAUUUGUGGAUUUCUGCUAUUCUUCCGUUGUUGCUCCUAAGAUGCUGCUCAACCUGGUCAUUAACGACAGGACCAUUUCAUUUUGGGAAUGCAUGCUGCAAUUCUUCUUCUUCUGCACCUUUGUGGUAACAGAAUCCUUUCUGUUGGCUGUGAUGGCUUAUGACCGCUUCGUAGCCAUUUGCAAUCCUCUCCUCUACACCAUUGCUAUGUCCCCAAAGCUCUGUGCCAUAUUAGUGAUUGGGUCGUACAUGUGGGGAAUAACAUGUUCCAUGAUACUGACAUGCUCAGCUUUAAAAUUAUCCUUCCAUAGUUUUAACACUGUCAAUCACUUCUUCUGUGAGUUCUCCUCACUUCUCUCCCUUUCUUGCUCUGACACUCACACCCACCAGCUGCUUCUGUUCAUUUUUGCCACCUUCAAUGAAGUCAGCACACUCCUCAUCAUCCUCACGUCUUAUGUGUUCAUCGUCGUGACCAUCCUCAAGAUGCAUUCAGCCAGUGGACGCCGCAAAGCCUUCUCCACCUGUGCCUCCCACCUGACUGCCAUCACCAUCUUCCAUGGUACCAUCCUCUUCCUCUACUGUGUGCCCAACUCCAAGAACUCCAGACAUACCGUCAAGGUGGCCUCUGUGUUUUACACGGUGGUGAUCCCCAUGUUGAAUCCUCUGAUCUACAGUCUGAGAAACAAGGAUGUCAAAGACACUGUCAGUAAGCUAAUGGACAUGAAAGUCUUUUCCCAUUGA